AUCUUCAUGGGUAAUAAUAAUAGUUAAUUAAUUAAUAAAUGAUAAUAAACCGCAUAAAUAUCUCCUAUGGAUUAAUUAUAAUUAUUUUUCUAUCCAUUUCUUCUCUUUUCAGAUAUAUUGUUUCAGACUGUGACUCAAUUGAAGUUUUGGUAGAUAAUGCACACUAUCUACAAGACACAAAUGAAGAUGCUGUUGCUCAAACUCUCAAAGCAGGUAAAUUUUUGUACCUUUCUUCAGUCACUUCUUCUGGGUACAACUUUUUUUGCUUUCUUAUCAAACCCCAUGAAUCAAAUUUUGAAGUUCUUCAAUGUAAAUUUUCAGGGUUGGAUUUAGAUUGUGGUAAGUUCUACCCAGAAUACACAGAAGGCUCAGUAAGGCAAGGGAAAGUUGGAGUGAAAGACAUUGACAAAUCUCUAAACUAUCUCUAUGUUGUUCUAAUGAGACUUGGGUUCUUUGAUGGAAGCCCUGGUUUCCAAUCACUUGGAAAACCAGAUAUUUGCUCUGAUGAACACAUUGAAUUGGCCACUGAAGCUGCUAGACAAGGAAUGGUUUUGCUCAAGAACGAUAAUGACACUUUGCCUCUUGAUCCUUCUACUUUCAAAACCCUAGCUGUUGUUGGACCCCACGCUAAUGCCACUUCUGUCAUGCUUGGCAACUAUGCAGGUCAAAUUAUAAGCCCAAAACUCUACUCUUUCCCCCUUAACUCAAUGUUCUUCAAUCAAAUAUGAGAUUUAUCCUAAUCCCAUUAACUUAAAAAAACAUCU